AUGCAAGAAUUUCAUUCGGAAAUAACGCAACUAAAACAAAAUGGAAAGGUGCACUCAAAAAGUAAUUUAUUAACAUUGACGCCUUAUUUGGAUGACAAAAAUAUUUUACGAGUUGGAGGGAGACUUCGACAUUCGCAAUUAUCGGAAACUGCAAAACACCCGAUGAUCAUACCUAAGGACUCGAGACUGACAGAACUUUUGAUCAAAGAAGCUCAUUUGCAAACACUGCACGGUGGACCAAGUCUUACCUUGACAUAUCUGAGACAAAGAUACUGGGUUUUAGGGGGCAACCGCACAGUUAAAAAAUACCUGAGAAACUGUGUGAAGUGUACUCGCUUCAGGAGUCACAACCAACACCAAAUAAUGGCUAACCUACCCGAGCCCAGAGUGACGCCGUCCCGAGCUUUCACGCACACAGGGGUUGAUUUCACCGGCCAAGUGGAAUUGAAAGCGAAUAAGGGACGAGGAAUAAAAACCACUCGUGGUUAUAUCGCUGUGUUUGUUUGCUUCUCUACCAAGGCAAUACAUCUCGAGCUUGUCUCUGACCUGAGCACACCGUCGUUCCUAGCAGCCUUCAAACGUAUGUGUGCAAGAAGGGGAACCCCAAAGCACAUGUACAGUGACAACGGCACGAACUUUGUCGGUGCAUCACGCCUUUUGAAAAAGGAAUACAAAGAAGUGUUGCAAGCUAUCAACAAUGACUUUCUAUCUGAAGUUGCCGAGAUGGGUGUCACUUGGCACUUAAAUACACCCGCAUGGCCAAGCGCUGGCGGAUUGUGGGAAGCGGCGGUAAAAAGUACUAAACACCAUCUUAAACGAGUUUUGGGAGAGCAAAAACUGACGUUUGAGGAGUUUACAACGUUACUCAAUCAAAUAGAAGCAUGUCUGAACUCUCGGCCGUUGUGUGCACUGACGGAGAACGAAGACGACAGCUUUUUAACUCCAGGACAUUUCUUAGUAGGAGGACCACUUUUAUCCCCGCCGCUGACUGACUUUGACGAACGUUGUAUCAAGACGAGAUGGCAGCUCACUGAGAAAAUGCAUCGUGACUUUUGGCGAAAAUGGUCGUCCGACUAUUUACAACACCUACAAAUUCGUUCGAAAUGGAAGCAUCCUCAAGAAAAUAUGAAGGUUAAUGACAUUGUCCUCAUCAAAGAAGAGAACCUGCCACCGACGAAAUGGGCUAUGGGUCGAGUGAUUGACGUUCAUCCAGGAACGGAUGGGCACAUCAGAGUCGUGACGCUACGUACGAAGAGUGGAGAAAUAAAACGACCCAUAAUCAAGUUGGUUCCACUUCCGGUAAACAAUGAACAUGACUUCUCAAAAAUCACUUUGGAAAAUGACGAACCCAAGAAAAAUUACACCUCGACACCACGUACAUUGCGAAAAAAUCGAGGUCUGCCAACUACACUGAUGAACAUGGUACUUUUCCUGCUGAUGCUUUUAACAUCUACGAUUGAAGCAAAUGUCUACAUCAAAAGCUUGAACAAUAACACAUUGUUCUUUGACAAAAUCUCUGACGUACGAAUCAUACAGGACAAAUGGAAACUUAUUGCCUACUACAACAUGACAACAUAUUGGCAUAGUAUUACCGCCGUUGAAAAAUAUAUCUACUCGGUAAACAAAACCUGCAACAACGAUCACUCAUGUGCACCUGUUGUGACGCAAUUCGCUCACGAGCUCGAUAAACUUCGACACUAUAACGAAUUGCUGACGAACCAACAUCACAUCCUGCAACGAAACAAGAGAGGCUUAAUCAACGGGGUCGGUUACCUAGCUAACACCCUGUUUGGGGUCUUGGAUGACACAUUUGCUCGAAGAUACGAGAAAGAUAUUGACGGUUUCAAUAUCUUUCUCGAGAAUAAAAGAGCGAGAAGAUCAUUUACUUAA